AUGGGCUUUAUGUACUCCUCAGAUCAUCUCCGGGAAGUCUUACAGGGUCUUCAGGGGGCCGGCCUCACUGUCAACCCCAAUAAGUGUGCUGUAGCUAAACAAGAGACUGAAUACCUGGGUUAUGUCAUUGGCCAGGGUGUGGUGCGACCACAGGUGAAGAAACUUCAAGUGUUGGAAAAGUGUGUGGUGCCUCAGACAUGCAAGGACCUUUGCUCUUUUUUGGGUAUGGCUGGCUUUUACCAUCGCUUUGUCCGUAACUUUUCCAGCAGGGCUGCUCCACUAACAGACAUGGUGGGGGCACGUUGCCCAAACCGAUUGCAGUGGACCGAGGAGAGAUUGAAAGCCUUCAGGGAUAUCCAGGGAGCAUUGACAACUGACACUGUGCUACACAAUCCUGACUUUAAUCGACCCUUCGUUGUACAGACUGAUGCCUCUGAGCGGGGAGUGGGAGCCGUCCUAUUGCAGGGACCACCAGAGAGCCGACAGCCAGUGGCUUAUAUCAGUCGUAAACUUUCCAAGAGAGAUUGCCCCAUCAUCAGCGAAAAGUGA